AAAGGAAAAUGAAAAAAGAAGGACAGAAACAAAAAAAAAAAAAAAAAUCGAUGUAAUUGACAGGGGCGGUGCAACUAACGGAAACUGAGUUUGAUUGGGCAUUCAUCCUAUCCUGUUCUUCCGACAUCUCCGGCUCUCUCCACCUACCAGCAGUCCCCCUGGGGAUUCUCUUUUUUCUCCACCUGUUCCUUCUUCUCUUUCGUCGUUCUCUUUCUCUUUCUUUACCCGAUCCUCCCACUUCACCAUGGCGUCCUUAACCGAAGGAAACAUUGCCAUCUCCGAUAUGUAUCGCCAACUAUUUCAAAAGCAUGCUUCCGUUACCAAGGACGAGGAUAAGUUCAUGACCAAGGACGACUUCUUGGCCGCUGUGGCUCCCGGGGAAGACUUUAAGAAGAUUCAACGAGAACAGUUUGGGCUCUUGUACAAGGUUGCCAACAAGUCGGCCAAAGGUCUCAUUUCGUUCAACGAUUUCGUCAUCUUUCAGAAUCUUCUUUCUAAACCUGAUGCGGAGUAUGAGAUCGCGUUUCGAGUGUUCGACGUCAAGGGGACCGGGAAGAUCACUUUUGACCAGUUCAAAAGUGUGCUGUCCAGCAACUUGCCAGGAGACGCUGUUCCAUUCGAUUUCGACUGUGACUGGUUAAAAUUGUACAUUGGUAACAAGGAAGGUCAUCACGAGUUGACCUAUGAGGAGUUCACCCAGCUGCUCAAGGGUCUGCAAGGCGAGCGUCUUCGUCAGGAAUUCAAGCACUACGAUAAGAAUCAAUCAGGUUAUAUUGAACCAGAAGAUUUCAAGCGUAUCAUUUUGGAUAUUGCCAAACACAAGCUGUCCGACCAUGUUAUCGAUCACCUUCCUACCCUUUGCAACCUGUACGCUGGCAGCGGCACCAAUAUCAGUUUCUCCAACGUGGUUGCGUUCCACAACGUCAUCCGCAACAUUGAUAUGGUCGAACUCGUGAUCCGUCGUGCCAUCGAAAACAACCCCGAAAAGACCAUUACCAAGGCCGAUUUCCUCAUGCAGGCUGCUCAAACCAGCCGUUACACCUUGUUUACGCCCAUGGAAGCCGAUAUCAUUUUCCAUUUUGCUGGCGUUGAUAACGCUUCGGGACGACUUUCUUUGGACGAUUUUGGCAAAAUUUUGGACCCUCGCUGGAGAGCCCCUGCUCAGUUGCCUGAAGUGCCUCACGAUAUUGCGCCCAAGAAGACGGGCUUUUUGUGGAGUGUCGUAGAGAACAUGUAUGCGUUUACUUUGGGUUCCAUUGCCGGUGCUGUAGGCGCUACCGCAGUGUAUCCUAUCGAUCUGGUCAAGACCCGUAUGCAAAACCAGCGUUCCAAGGUGGUAGGAGAAUUGUUAUACAAGAACAGCUUGGACUGUUUCAAGAAAGUUUUGAAAAACGAGGGUUUCCUCGGUUUAUACCGUGGCUUGGGUCCUCAGCUGGUGGGCGUGGCUCCUGAGAAAGCGAUCAAGCUUACGGUAAACGAUUUUGUUCGCGGUAAAUUUAUCAACAAGGAGACGGGCGAGAUCAAGUUUUGGCAAGAAAUGGUUGGCGGUGCAGCCGCAGGCGGUUCGCAAGUGAUCUUCACCAAUCCUUUGGAAAUUGUCAAGAUUCGUCUUCAGAUUCAAGGUGAACAAGCCAAGAACACGGGUGUACCUCGUCGAUCGGCUAUCUGGAUUGUGAAAAAUCUCGGUAUUGUUGGCUUGUACAAGGGUGUGAGUGCAUGUCUUUUGAGAGACGUUCCUUUCUCGGCCAUCUACUUCCCUGCGUAUGCCCACUUGAAGAAGGAUUUGUUCAAGGAAGGUCCCGAUCACAAACUUGCUAUUUCAGAGCUUUUGAUGGCUGGUGCGAUUGCCGGUAUGCCCGCUGCUUACUUUACCACUCCUGCGGAUGUGAUCAAGACACGUCUUCAGGUCGAAGCUCGCAAGGGCCAAACCACUUACAACGGUAUUACCGACGCUGCUCGCAAGAUCUGGCACGAAGAAGGUUUCCGAGCCUUCUUCAAGGGUGGUCCAGCCAGAAUCUUCCGAUCGUCUCCUCAAUUUGGUGUGACCUUGACGGUCUAUGAACUUUUGCAUCAAGCUUUCCCUCUCCCUGGAUCGACUCCUAAACACUCGGGUCAAGUCAAGCAAGAAACCGAAGAAAUGAAAGACAUUGGCGCUCUGCGAUCAAGAAAUGGUCUGAAAAUGUUAUUGGAUUUGGAUUAUCGAUUCGGUGUAUACCAACCUCCCGCUGCCCCCUCCAAGGCCGCAUAAACUUGUCAUCGUUUCUUUCACUGUUUUUUUGUGUUGUGUUUAUUUUUUUUUCUUCUAUUCUAAUUUUUCCUUUCUUCAUUCCAUUUUUCUUGUGUUUUGUCCGUUUUUGUUCCUUUCUUAUCCUCACUCUAAUUAGUAUACUCAAAAAAAGAACGAAAACAAAGUUUUAGAAGAGCCUGCAUUUCCUACUAGACGUAUUUUAACUGUUGCA